AUGGACGGAGAGGAGAUAAAGACUGCAGUGCAGAAAGCAAGCAAUAUAGCAAAGCUAGAAGAACCACCAGCAGUCCCCAGCCGCCAGCGGUCCCGAGCCGCCAGCGGUCCCGAGCCGCCAGCGGCCCCGACACCAGCAGCGCCGCCCACACUGCGGCUUUGGCAGUGGCGCAGCGGGGAGCAGCAGAACCACCAGCAGCCGAGCCGCUGGCGGUCCCGAGCCGCUGGCUAUCCCGAUGCCAGUGGUCCCAGCACGCCAGCAGCCCUGAGCUGCCAGGGGUCCCAGCAUACCAGCGGUCCCAGCACACCAGCAGCCCCGAGACGCCAGCGGCCCUGCCCAUACACCGCGCCGGAGCAGCCCCUGUCCGGGGAGCAGCCCUAUCUGAGGAGUGACCUCAUCAGCUGCGGCCUCGUCCUGGGAGUGGCCUCAUCCAGAGGGGCCUCAUCUACAGAAAGGCCUCAUCCAGAGCAGCCACGUUGGGAGCGGACUUGCCGGGGUCAUCGUCGUCACCUUUUCGUAAGAGACAGCCCUGACCGAAACCUGAACGGGAAUAAUCAGAGUCACCACGGUACUGAGCAUUUAUGUUCUACUCUCCAUGGCUACAACCACUGUGACCUCAGAUGUGUUAACCAGAACGAAGCAAGACUGUUCACACGUGGUUUCUUCCUUAAGGGCUCAAAGAAUGCUGACAUUCUCAGGGGCACGAGCACCCACUUCCGCGGCUCCAGCACCGAGAGGUCUGAGGGGACCGGUACUCGCGUUCCUGGCUCCCACUCUCACCGCCACUCGCCGUCCACGCGGGCUCCACGCUGCGUCCGCACAGCCUUUUCCGCGGCGACCCGCAAGGACGUCUGCCUCAUACUGGGGCCACUCACGCGCGGCGCCCAACAAGGGAUACGCAGAAAGAGCCCGAGGUCCCAGUCACGACGCGCACCGUGGGACGCAGAGCGUAGAGUCAUAAAAGUCCUGUAAAGUAAAGCAGCACGCCCCGCGCGGGAGCCCGGGAGACUUCUGGGAGUUUCCGCCCGGCCUGGGCGUGCGCAAGCGCAUAUCACCGACCUGCUGGAGGCCAACUCCUGAGGCCAAGGGUUCGUGCAGUGGUUGUGCUUGCUUGGAGAAGGCGAGUCCCGCUGAUACCCGACGAGGGAGCUCUGAGAAGGGCACUGCGGAGCUCUUCUCUUCCAAGGCCUCAGGCGUGUGUGUGAGGGUCCGCCCUGUUGUGAGGGUCAGUGAUGUGGCCCCGAGGUCCAUGGUGUGCUUUCCAGGGUGUGAGCAUCUGAAUGUGGGAUGCUGAGUUUGUUGUGUCCCCUGAAAUAAAGACAACCUGUU